CGUCGUCUCGGCAGACUUGUCAAAUCAUAUUUCCGAUAGGCACAAUUUUGUUUCGCUAGCAGGUUCCUUCCUAGUUCAGCUUCUUGGCAAAGGCAGGGCUUCCCAGGAGGGCAGUCCUCAGCACAUCUGCCACCUUCAUGUCAGGGACAGCCGGAGCCUGCUAGGACAAUGCAGAUCUCUGGCCACCACAGGCAGUGGCUCUGAUAGCUCAGACGAUGAUACGCCAGGGCACCAGCAGCAGCCAGAAGAGCCAGAGGCUCGGCUAGUGGGGACGGCAAAUGAGGCCGACUCUGAAGAGCAGUCAGCGCCAGAAAGCCCAGGGCUGGAUCUGGAAAUCCUGAGGGGCGACCCCACUGGAGAGCCGCUAAAUCCUGAGCUGAGAGCAUCUCGGUCUUGGGAGCCCUUUGCAGAGCUUGAUCCCUCAGAAGGAUUGGAGGACUUCGGCGGGAAGAUCGAGUCCAUAGACGACUACGACGAGAUGCUGGACAACUGGGGGGACAUGAUGGAGGAGGGUAACUUUGCAGGAGUUUUGUCCAUGCUGGAGCAUCGCCUGCCCAAAAUAUCAGGAGUGCCACCCCUAGACGAGCUCAUCCAGCGGGACUCACGGGAGGAGCGGCGUGAGGAGCGGCGACGGAUGGAGGAGGCCCUGCAGCAGGAAUAUGCGUCGCGGCGCGUGCGCAGCGUGGAUCACUUGGGCCGCGCGUACGCGACGGGGAUGCGCAAGACGAGCGUGGCGCGCGUCUGGAUCUGGCCGGGCCCCGGCAGCCUCUCCAUAAACCGCCGCCCCCUGGACAUGCACUUCCCCCAACUCGAGCGCCGCGCCGACGUCCUCGCACCAUUCGAGGUGACGGGCCUGCUGGGCGGCUUCAACGUGAUGGCAACCGUGAAAGGCGGCGGCGUGACUGGCCAGGCCCAGGCACUGCGCCACGGCAUCAGCUGCGCGCUGCAGAAGUGGGACCCGGAGCUGCGGCCGCCGCUGAAAGCCGCCGGGUUCCUGACGCGCGACAGCCGCGUCGUGGAGCGCAAGAAGCCCGGCCGCGCCAAGGCCCGCAAGGCUUUCCAGUGGGUCAAGCGCUGA